ACGCCAAUACGCUGGGUUUUACCUACCCUCACGUCUGGAAAAAUCCAGGUGCUUUCCUCGUGUACCUCAACGUGUCCAACCGAAUCAGCGCUAACUACACACAAGCAAACGUCACAGUUUUUCACCCGCUCAACGGAUUUACGCUUUUCACCUCCGACACCAUCUUGCAGACGCUGGAAGAACUGGUUUUGAGGCUAACCAUGGCCUCCGACACGAAGGAGCCCAUGGGAAAAAUCACCUUUAACUUGACGUGGGGAGAUGGUGCAGCAGAGUUUAAUAUCCUCAACAUCAGUGCAGGUGAUAGCCUCGUCUUCAGACACACGUACGUCGUACAGGGUAACAAGACCGGCAGCCUAGAGCUGGUCUCGCCGUCAGAUAACAAGGCUUUCCCCUUUGCAGUAAUGGUGUGGAACAAGUUAAACGUAACAUUGAACAUAUCGCCAACAGCUGGUAAGCGAGGAGACAGCUUCACCUUGACCUUUGUCAACCCACCAAAUGUAGGUUUUCAGUACAUUAUAAACUGCAGCGGUGGGCAUUUAUUCAGUAACAACCAGUCGGCAUUGUAUGCAAACUUUUCUCCUCCCGUCCCUCCCUACACCGUCUCCUUCAAAAAUUUGGGAGUAUACGUCAUCAACCUUUACACAUUCAACCCCCUGUACUCGUUUAACACAAGCUACACUAUCAUUGUGGAGAAUCCCCUCAGGCCUGACGACCUGACUCUCCUUCCUGCGCAGACUAUAAUACCUGUUCCUGACGGCAACAUUACUUUUACAGUAACAACCAUAAACCUUACGACCGCCUUCUGUAUCUGGGACUUUGAUCACAAUGAUACGACAAGUCCCGUAUAUAUGAACAUUUCUGAAAGCUUUCCUGUGGAAAAGUUGCACACGUUUUAUUCUGCAAGAACCUACUUGGUGUCCUUUCAUUGCUGGAACAACAUAUCACAAGUGACUGAGUUUUCAAAUGUAACGACGAGGAACUGGAACAUGACUAACUUUAUUCUAUCCUACAAAAACGUUCAAAUUAUUGACGGACAGGUUCCUCAAGCAGCCGUCAUUUUUAGCUUAUCACUGUUAGACACCCAGCGUCCUCCCUUAGGGCUGAAAGCGGUCUUUGACUUUGGCGACGGAAGUCCAAUUCAAAAUAUAGAUUUUCAAAACUGGGAUCGGAGUCACACCUACCCUUCUAGAAACGUCUACAAUGGCACACUGAUGCUGUCGCAUCCAGACAAGGGCAACAUUUAUUUAAACUUAAAUAUGCGGGUUGGCACAUUCCAGCUGGUCGGGGAAUCUCUUGGUGGCUUGGUGAUGUCCGACACAUUCCGAUUUAACGUUUCUGUUCCAAGGAAUUUUAGCGGCAGUGCGACUGUGUAUUUUGGAGACGGAAGUUUUACCUCAAAGUGCGAAAAGGUGGACACUGUUUGGAUAUUCUCCCACAUCUAUCAACGUGUAGGAUACUACCAGGCUUCCUUGACAGGUUAUGGCCCAGUAGUGUCCAACACCUCCAGUCCGACAUUUACAGAGAACGUGACGUUUCCUGGAACGCUGGAGGUUGAGGGAUCGGUGAAAGACUUAACUCUAGAGGUAUUUCCAAGGGUAAUACACCAUCCUCCAGGAAAUGUCACCGCUCUUGUAUGGCUGUACUCCCCUCACAGGAUCAUGCACUUGAACUGUACGUUUAAUUGGAACGAGAUCAUGGAUGAGACUUUUAUCACCUUGACCGGUCCAAUGGAGUCGAACACUGUAGUCACUUAUCAAUACAACUACAUUACGCUGGGCUCCAAAGUCGUGACGCUGGAAUGUAGCAAUGCCUACUCACACAACAUCGCUCAGGUGGAGGUUUUCGUGAACAAUGACUGUUUCUCGCCAGACCCAAUCUUCGACAGACAGUACAGCAAGCAGGCGAAGCCCAUGAUAGUUCUGAACUCCGAGCCGGCGAAACUUGUCACACGCACAGUCAUCAAGUGCACGGACAUCAAACCCAACUUUACCUGGGCUAUCAAGAUCGUCAAUAACGACUCGAUGCUGGCCUAUAAGUACCCGGAUCUGGAUUACCUGACGUGGGAGCGUGGGCAGCUGGAGCCCGACUUGUACCGGUUCAGUCUCAACAUCUCCUUCGGGCGCGAGCAUGACUUCUGUUGGCUGUCGGAGAUGAUAUACGUCAGGGUGGAGAGGGCACCGCUAGUUGUUGACAUCCAGGGCGGCAAGGUCAGGAAGACAGGUGAUCGUCACGCCAUAGUGGACGCUCGGACAGGUUCCUAUGACCGCGUCAUGGGCUACGGCAACAACAAUGGCUUAGCGUUCACCUGGAGCUGCAGGGCCUACAACUCCACCAGCGUGCAAGAGUUACUCUCCUUGGAAUCGGCUGCUCCCUCAGGCUUGUCCAUUCCAUGUGACAGCAUAUCCACUGAAAUCGAGGCUGGCAAGAGACAACUUAACAUCUCCGAUGACGUUCAGUCUAUGGGAUUUCUGUUCGAGGUUGCUGUAUCCUACGGUGGAUUGGCAUCCAACGCCACUGCGUACGUACAGUUCAUCCGGGGCUCUCUCAACGCCGAGAUCGUCUGCAUUGUGAACUGUGGGAUGAAAGUUGCAGUGUCAUCAAAGCUGAUUCUCUUUGUAACCUGCGAUCGCUGCACAGAGGAACCCAGUGCCACAGUGUGGAAGAUUUUUAAGGUCGACAAUUCGACCAACGGAAGGAAAGUCGAAAUCUCGGACACUAACAUUUUUGAGAAGACAGCAUCAUCAUUGACCAUCACGCCCGCAGGCACAAGCGGUGAACGAGGGGUGGUGAUCCAGGAUAAUGCUCUGGAAGGUGGUCAGACGUACCGAGUGGAGGUCAACGUGACACUGCUGGAUGAUCACUCCACUGGUUUUGCUGCCAGAGAGUUCAGGACAAACUGUCCGCCCUGGGGAGGCAACUGCACGGUGACCCCACUACAAGGGAAUGUUAUGAUGGACUCUUUCUCGAUGUGGUGCACUGGCUGGAAGGACGAGGGUUUUUCUGAGGACGAAAACAGUACAAGUGAUGGCAACAAAGAAUCGCUACUUUUGGCGCCUUUGAUUUACAAGUUUCAGCUGAGAAGAAAUGACACCGUUUUCCCCAUCGCUCAAGGAGGGGAGAGCAAAAUGCCUCGAGUAAUGUUGCCACUCUUUCCUGGAACAACAAAUGAUUCUGAGUAUGAGCUGGUGGCUCGUAUUUAUGAUCCAUGGAAUGACUUCGUUGAAGUUCCCACUUUACAUCGACGAGAGCAGUUCAAGUUUAGAAAAGACUCUGCUAUUUUGGAUGGUCAGUCUUCGUACACUAACUGGUCAUCGAACUUGGAAAAGCAGAUGAAAAGUCUUACUAUCGCCAGCUCUCUGAUCGCUACGUUUAAUGUUUCAGACAAUCAGACGGAACUGCAGAUGGCCCAGAAAAGUAGCUCAGAGAACAUAAAUCAUGUGGUCAAUGCUGGCUGGAACGAUAUUUGGACCGAACUCCAGCAUCCUUCAAGCACUCCCAUCAGAGACAAUCUGACCGCGGAAACGGACAAGUUCAUUAACAUGGUGCGGAUCCGCGGAGAGGAUGCCAGGAACCUCUCUGGCCACGGACUGACGGCCCUAGCGGAAGGACUGAGCAUGAUCCUUUUCAAUCCCGCCACCACCAGCCCCGACUCUGUGGCAGCCACCAUACAGCUGAUAGAGAUGGCCACUGAAUCACUUAAGACCUUAUAUACCACGAAGCCUUACCCAAUCUUCGAGAACCUAAAGGAAUCUAUUUCCGCUAUGACGGCGCUACUGGAUCGCGUCAUUGCCGCCAGUGUUCCAUCAUAUCACAUAGCAGAUGGUCGUGGAAUCGUCUUCAACUCCUCCGACAUCAGCAAAGAUGACGAGAAUUUUAUCCAAACCAGUCUUGGUAUUCUCUCAGCCGAGAAAGAUCAGCACAAGAUAGACCUAAUCAAGAAAGUCUUGCCUAAGUUGGAGGAAACACUACACCUCAUGUACGAAUCCCUUCUUGUUGGAAUGGUCGUCAGUCAAGUCCCAGAAAUGGUCGAACGAGGCGGCUUAUCGUUAAUGGCCAGCAAGAUGACAGAACACGCCCUAAACACCACCACCAUCGUCGCCGACCCCAAAGCGGUCGUUCUAAAUAUUAAAAGUGGCGGUGACACAGCGAGUGACCCAAACUCGGAGGUAGUAGUCAAGGCCACGGUGUACACCCAGAACCCGUAUGCCUGGUCGAGCGAUUCCUCUUCCUACAACAUCACAUCACCGGUCGUACGGGUGGAUCUGCGAGACAACAACGGUACCCGAGAACUGAGCACACUCAGCAUGACGAUCAAGAGAGGUGCCAAGGUCCCGCUACCUUCUCUCGACUCCUUUCUUUCCAACGACACCCGCGGCGGCCCCGAUAACUUGCUGUACCAUCGCCUUUCAGUGCCCUCUCUUCACUCCACUGUGGUGACGUACAUACAACUUCCGCUUGAGAUGGGGAACGUCGUAGCCUACUUCCGGUCUGGCAAUGCGCCAUCCCUAGAAAGGCAUAACUUCAAUAUACAAGGGGAACUCGUUCGAUCUACUGAAAUGGAAUUGGCGGUCUCCUCUGACGAAAAUACGACAACGUUUAAAUUUCUUGUGCCCGCUGGUGUCCUUAAGGUUGGCGUAGCUUUGGUUGGUUUCCACGUAGCUGAAUGUAAUGAGACCUUUGCCUACAAAUAUCUGUCGUUUACUGACAGCUGUCAUGUUUGGGACGAGAACAACCACAAGUGGGUUCCAGCCUGCAAGAUGUCCUCUGCUUCGACUGCUACCGAGACAGUGUGCACCUGUGAUAAUCCACCAGGUGUGGCCUUUGCCAGCGCUUUCAUGGUGCCGCCCAAUACUAUCGACUUCAAGCUUGUUUUCUCCAAAUUUGACCCCAACAACGCCUCGGUAUACGGCACACUGAUUGGUCUUCUGCUUGUCUGGGUGCUGGGCGUUGUGUGGGCCCGACGUCAGGAUAAGAAAGACAAAGAAAAGUGGCUGGUAGGUUACCUGAAGGACAAUCUAGUGGGAGAGAACUACCUGUACCUGCUGACAGUCCACACAGGGUUAAAACGAGGCUCUGGCACUAAAUCCAACGUCAGUUUCGUCCUCGGAGGCUCUCAUGCGGACUCCGGCAUCCGGGUCUUAUCGGAUGGCAAACGGGCAUUAGAAACUGGCAGUGUGAUGAGAUACAUCAUGGCAACGGACUCGUGUCUGGGACAUCUAGACUACUUACGCAUCUGGCACGACAACAGCGGCGGGUACCAGGCCGGUUGGUUUCUGAACAGGCUGGAUGUUGAAGACUUGCAGAUGGGUCAGAGGUACCUGUUCAUCUGCAAGCGAUGGCUGGCUGUGGACAAGAACAACGGCGUUGUAGACCGUCUUGUUCCGCUGGCCCAGCAGGACGAGAUCAUGUCUUUCGACAGGCUGUUCUCGGAGUACAUGAAGAUCGGCAUCACCGACACCCACCUGUGGCUCUCCUGCUUCCUGCGUCCCGCGCCCAGCACCUUCACGCGCGUGCAGCGGGUGUCGUGUUGUCUGGUCCUGCUGCUGUUAACCAUGAUCACCAGCGCCAUGUUCUACAAGACUGAAGACAGUGAGACUGGAGACAGCUCAAAUUCCGUGGGCAUGGAAGUGAAAGUUGCUUUUCUGCGCUUCUCCUUGACAACCUUGUGGACGUCGUCUGUGUCCAUCGUCAUCACUUCUGUCCCCAUGAUGAUUUUCGUUCUUAUCUUCCGCAAUUAUCGGCCCCUGACAGGGCCCAGGGCUGGAACCAAGAAAUAUCUAAAGAAGGAACUCACUGAACUAACUGAUAUACAAUCUCUGCCAAAAACACCUGACCUCAAAGAGAACACAGGCAAGUCGGAAGAGAGCCCGAAGGACUCUAUGGGAAUCAAUCUGCAGACUAACCUACUGCCCCACUACUGGUGCUACAUCGGCUGGCUGCUCCUGUUGGCGACUGCAGCGACCUGCGCCUUCUUCCUGGUGCUGUACAGCAUGCAGUGGGGCAUCACUACCUCCGAGGAAUGGCUUGCCUCCUUCGUGAUCUCCUUCUUCGAGAGCAUCUUUGUCAUGGACCCUAUCAAGGUGAUAUUGCUGGCGUGUCUGCUAGCCUACUGCAUCCAUAACCCAUACACAGAGCAGCCUCACAGUGAGGACGUGACCUUGGAGCGAGUGCAGGCGGAGGUCAGCAUGUUCAGCGCUCGGGCUGUAGAUCCCGCAGCUCUGCCACCUGACCCCCCGCCAAGCAAUGUUCUGGCACAGUCCCGCAAGCGUCGCUUACAAGAACAAGAAUCACAGCUCGUCUUCUUCGACCUCCUCCUUUAUAUCGUCUUCGUCUUCUGCGUCUUUUCCUUGUCGUACGGCAAUCGUGACGAAAACGCGUUCUACCAAAAUGGCCACCUUGAUAGUCUGCUGUAUACGUCGACGUGUGAUGCCAAUUUUCACUUCGAUAAAAUCACCAAGCGAGAAGAGGUGAUGAGGUGGAUGAAUGAGACGAUGCUGCCCGUGUUGUUUCCUCUGAGAGACAGUCUGGGUAACAGCCUACAACUACGUGAACGAGUCUUCACCUCUGACCCCAGCAGCUUCAGGGUUGGUCCCGUCCGGGUCCGUCAGCUCAGGAUGCCUUUGAUGGAAAGAACCAGUUCAGUCGUAGGUUAUUCUGCCCUGCUCGGAAAGCGCCAAUAUUGCCCCCCUUACAGCAUGGGGCAGGAGGAGACGGGGAUGUACUGUGUAGGGUGGAAACCACUGGCUUCUUGCUCCUACGAAGAAAGAAAACCAAGCAGCCGGGCCGCCUGGAUGUACCAGAGCUUUGAAGGUCUCUCCUCCCUGCCUGUAUGGGGAACUUACUCCGUCUACAGCAGUGGCGGCUACGUUAUGGACUUUUCCGUCAACUGGGACGUGAUAAGUCUAAUGUUACAAGAACUAGAAGAGAAGAUUUGGCUGGAUGAACAGACACGCGCCGUCUUCGUAGAGUUUUCACUCCACAACCCUGACAGCAACCUGUUCUCGUACCUGCGACUCUCUGCUGAGUUCCCCGAGACAGGGGACACCUUCCUGGGAAGAGAAAUACAUACCUUCCGCAUCUACGAAAACCUGCAGGCUAUAGGUUUCUACAUGUACAUCUGCAAAAUCAUCGCUGCUAUCGGUGUCGUCAUCUUGACCAUCAAGACUGCCCUCAAGAUCAAACAGCAAAAGCUCGGUUUCUUCAAGGACUUGUGGCAGGUGUUGGACGUUGGCGUCGUAAUGAUAUGUUAUGUUACUGUGGCUUUCUACGCCAUCAAGACAAUGAAAGUUAACGAGUCCAUGGCUGCCUGGCGGGAUAACCCUAAGCAAUACGUGGACUUCUACCAGACGGCCUUCUGGGAUGACAUGUAUGGAUACUCGCUGGCCGCCGUCGUCUUCAUCACCACCAUCCGCCUGCUUCGCAUCCUGGGCUACAACCGACGACUGACGAUGAUCGCCGCUGUGCUGGCCAACUCCGGCCGGGACCUGUUCGGCUUCUCGCUCGUCUUCGCCAUCGUCUUCGUGGCCUACCUCUCAGCAGGCUACCUCGUCUUCGCCAGCACCUUGUCCGAGUUUCGCUCGCCGUGGGAGUCGGUCUUCGCGUUGUACCAGCUGCUGCUGGGCAGGAACGUGCUGGCAGCCUUUUCGGAGGACCUGGCGCUGUUCGCCUGGGUCUACUUCAUUUCCUACGUCAUCCUGGUCUUCAUGAUCCUGAUGACAAUGUUCCAGGCGAUCGUGUGUGGGUCUAGCACCAUUGUCCGCUCAGAGGUCAGCAGCGUGCCGCCCCCCUAUGGGCUGACCAACCUGUUCGUCAAGUUCUACCAUACCGUCAUCGCCGACCUGCUCCCUGCCUGGCUUACACGUGGCAAAAGUGCUACAGGUCUCGCUAAAGUGCAUGCGCAAUCAGAAGGAAGCACAUCCUCACUUGGCGACAGGAAACUACAGGCAUGAGAGCAUCUGAGUACAAAAAGGAGCCACUUUUCUCGUCAACAAACAUGAGCCAUGUUUGGUGAAAUAAUCUAAAGAUGAUAUGACUGAGAUUGGCGAGAUUUCACUAGGCAAACUACAAGAGUUUGCCCCAAGUUCAGCUUUUUGAAAAGUAAGUUUUGUUUCAGCCAGUUUACUUCACAUGACAUAAACAUCUCGAAUAUUUCUGAGACCAUAAAAAUUUCCUGGAAGAUGGAUUUUUUGAAGUAUUUCUACUUCCUCUUGUGACAUCAUAGUUAUAGCCUCCUGCUAUGUCAAUGUGUAUAUCCAUGAAUGUUUUGACUUUGUUCUAGCAUUUUGACCUUUUACAAUGUUGCCUUAAAGUUAAUUUCUUCUUCCUUACUAAAUGUAACGAUAGUUUGUGCUCACUGGAUAUUCAGAAUGAUUACUGAAUUUAGUAUUAUGCUUGCUUUUUUCAUCAAAUGAUUUUUCAUGUUUCUUGCCUCCAAAUUCAUUAUGCAUUGAAAAUGGAAAUGAGCAGCCACAAGUUAAAAACAUAACUAUAUAGCAAUGUUCUUGGCAUGUCCCAACUGGAAAGGGACGAAUAGAACCGGGUCCAAUGGCGGGUAGUGGUUGCAGCCCUAUGCUCCACUGGGGGCGAAUAGGAACAAGGUUUUUGGCCACUAGAACUUUCGCUUCAGCAAAAGCAGGUUGUGAAGAUGUCACCAAAUUCAGCAAUAUAAACUUCCAGCUGGAAGGGUUUAAACAACUUGUCUAUGAGCUCCUUUAAGUUUUUCUUUCUUAUAUUAUUAAGUCAUAAAUAUAACUGAAUUAUAAUAUUAAUCAUUUGUCUUAUUUUAAUAGUGAAUGUUUCCUUCAUAAUCACUACAUGAUUUAAAUAAAAUAAUGAAAUAUGGGAUACAGAAAUGAACUGGAGGUGUUACUGUUUUUUAGAUUGUGUUGCAUUUAACUACAUUCUCUCUUUUGUGUUGUUAUAGUAUUGCAAAAGACUAUUUUUAAAGAUCGGGUUAUAGAAUUCUAUGAAGCAUGUCAAUCACAUCACUGAACACAAAAUGUUUAGUCCUACUUAAAAUCACUGCACCCUGUAGGAAAAUGGUUUGUGUGCUGGACAUGCAGCAAGCACAUUCACCUGUACUUUAAACACUUGAUGUCCAAGAUAUAUCGUAUUUAAUGCAAUUGACAAUUUUCGAAACACUGAUUUUCUUACUUAAAAAAAAAAAUUCAUGUUAUUUGGCAGCAGCCUUUUCCUUACACAUUACUUUGUAGCUAUUAUGCACCCUGGUUGGUUUAUAUAUGUAUCUUGGUCUAGUAAACAAUAUUUUUCAUCCUUUUCUGUGUAUGCAUAUGUGCAAGUUUGAGAAAUGUAUGAGCAAUAAAUGAAAGGGGAGGAAGACAUAUAGCUAUCGUAAUUACUACGGUCACAGUCUUCAUGCAUCAGGACACUUUACACCAAUUUCUACUCAUUAUUCUGCAGAAGCUGCCUCAAUUUCUCAAAAUUUUUGGAAGCCUCAUGGGUUUGUGCGGGAGCUGAGGAUGUAACUAAGCUUGUUUUUCUUUUAGCAAGCAUGUGUGAGCAACCAACACGGUUGCCAACUACCAAACCUGGAUUUUAACAAACUCAUGAUUCUCUCUGCUCAAUCUGGCAAAUUAAAAACCUAACCAGAGCCCUAACAUUGUCCUUGUCACAUGAACAAGUUAAAAACAGGUGUGUUUAUCCACACCAGCACUCCAUAAGAAGUAAAAAUAAAACUGUGCAUACCAAAAAUUAAAUUGUGCAUAUCCAUGAAAAGUAUGCUACACCAAGUACAAUACAACUCCAGCUAAGACUGUCACCAGUUGAACUGUUUGAAGCACUGCAUGUUGACUGCUAACUCAAGGUCCUUGAAUGUGCAGAACUUCCUUGAGAAAAAAAUCCCUGUAUCUAGAUGGUGCUAGAGAAAGUCACCAUAUAAAUGUGCAUUAUUAAUAAUAAGAAUUAUUACUAUCAACAGAAGGUAAAAGAUUAGCUUCUGUUUUAACCUCUAACUCACCCAUUAUAGUGUAGUAUCAGAAUUGAUAGUUUUAUAAAUUUAUUUUGUAGUACAGUGAUGGUCUUGUGAUGCACUUGCUUUCACCUGACAAAAAGUUGCUAAAAUCAUCAAACUGAUAAAAGAAUAUUUACUGACUACACUACUGGCUUAAACCAAUCAAAUUUUCUGGUAUUCUCUCUUAAAAUGCAAAAGCAAAAUCUAAUGACCAUCAAAUUUU